CCUCCCUCUGUCAGUGCACUUGCUUUCCUUGUUUCGAUUCUGUCGAGACUCCUGUAUUGUCUGCAUCAUGUCCUGAUCGUGUUGCUGUGCUGACACGCUUUUCACUUCUGCACUCUCCUUUUCGCGUUGCUUUUUGUCAUCCAUCAUCAUGGACAUUACGCGUCGUCGCAUCUUGACGGCGACGAUCCCUUCGCCCUUGCUCAACAAUGCGAACAGAAUCGAAGAUCUUGGUUGCUUCGACGAAGAAGAAUGCCGCUUCUUCCUGCGAGAAGUCGGCGAGCGAGUCGUGCCUGUCUAUCCCUUUUCCUUUGGCAUGGAAGAGGUGUACAGCUUGAUUCUUGAGCGAUAUGGAUAUGCAGGUCUCCCCGACGUGACAAGCGUGCUGCAAGACCUCCUCGAAGAUGAACGCACCGCAGCCGGCUUGGGGGAUGAUGGAGACGUCUGGCGCUCAUGGCGUCACAGUUGGAGACACCGAAAUGAUGAUGCCCUCAACCCUUUCAUUCCGAAAGUGGGGAGUUUUGUCCUGCAGCAACCCACCCAACCACACAUUCGCAAGCUCAAGGCAAGGAAUUUCAUCCUCGAAGCCGAAAAAGCUCAGAAACUAGAGCGAGCUCGUCAAGCUGAAGAGGCCGGGAAAAGAAACGCGCUGGUGGACAUUUGUCCCAACCAGAACAGAAUAACCAAGCCUACUCCCGGUGACGACCUCGCUAAACCUGGAGACUCGGAUGAAGAGAACUCGUAUCGACUCCCCUCCACCACCUAUUCCCAUCAGAGAACCAGAACUUUGCUGGCGUCGGAGCAAUUGACAAGUGAGCAGCCUCACACGGUUAGAGGAUCGCAUGUCACCCAACAAUCAGCAAGUGGCUCUUCGCAGCAAGACUUUGUUGAAGUGGAUCCGUCAUUGGCUGAUGCAGGCAUUGACCCAGCCCUCCUGGUCUCCUUCGAGAUGCUCUCAUCCCGCCAGUCAUCCUCGGAGCAACAGCCUACCCUGAGAGACGGCCACGGCGAAAUCCUCACUCUUCGGCAGAUCAGCUCCUCUCACGAUACCAGUCCCAGCAAGGAUUGUGGUGCCGAGGCAGACAGCUCACCGUCGUCGCAUGUAUUGUCUAGUCCAACCUAUGUUGGUUCUUGUGAGACCCCUGGGAGUCAACGCAUGUCAGCUACUUCUAGCCCUGUAACGGCGGGCAACAUCGAGCCUCGUAAAGAUUCGACCAAAGCCGACAAGGAAGAGCCUGCGGAGCACCACAAGUCAGCAGAGAAACAGCGCAAACUUUCGGACAGUCUCAAACAAUUCGCCCGCCGCCCCCUUGGUGACGGCUCUGAGCCUAUGAAGAGAGCACGGGCUGUUAAUCGGCAAGCCAGAGUCUUCGAUGGGACAAUAUGGCUUCCAAAGGUUCGCAAGAGACACUCAUCGCAAAUCAACCUUCCUUGUGAUGAAGAGGCCGUGGUGGAGGAGAGGAAGAGAUCGAUUGUGCGACGCAGCCUCACGCCGGUCUGGCAGAAACGCGACUCUUCACGCAACAGUUGGAUGGAAAUCAUGCGGAAUUUCUUUCGGACCGAAUCGAGUUCUAGCCAAGCCAAACAAUCCAGAGUUGAGAGUUCCUCACAUCAAAUUCAAUCCACGGUCCCAGCUUCAGUCACAUCACCAACCGAACAGACCAUCGUCAGCACGCAGUCUCCUAUUGAGCAAGAGCGAAAGCCAUAUCACUUUGGACUUGACGGAACCAUCGAUCAGCGCUCACUUGCGUCAAGAUACAUCAUGGACUACAACAAGCCCUUGCCGCUCAGUCCUGGCGAAAUCGUGCGAUCUCUGUCAGCUCACACUGCUCUGCCUCAUCUUCGUCAACCCAGACCUGCAACGCUCAACAACACUGUUGCUUCAGCAGAUCUCAAGUAUGACUCUCAAGCUCCGACUUCUCAUCACAUCAAGCGCAAAGAGGUCCCUGUCAAACACCAGCUCUCGCCUGUUCGCGAAGCCAAAGACCCAUUUGCCGCACAUGCAGCUGAGCCUCAGAAGAUAGAACAGCCACCACUCUCGGCGAUCACAUACUCUAGCAUUGCCAAUAUGAACCCAUUCAUGGACAAUCCUACCACUGAAAUUCCUGCUGUACUUCCUGCCGUCUCUGCACCAGAACCUCUCUUUGCCAUCCGUGGAGAAAUGCCCGAGCACCUUCGUGGCCUUCCACCUGCAGUUCCUGAACACAUUGUAUCCUCGAUCCGUCAACAAUUUUCAAACUUCUCUCUGCCGCCGCCUCAGCCCGCGCAGCCUGACCGCCGCCAGACCUCGAAGUCACACAUCUUCACUCCAAUCAAGAAUCUCAUGAACAAGCGCAGUGACUCUGAAGAGGUGAAAUAUGGUACACCAACAAAUCGUCCGACAGUGGAGAAGAAGAAACGCAAGAACAGCCUCCGGAAGUUCAGCGAUUUCUUGAAACAUCCCUUUGUGUCUCAACAAGCAACCGAGGAAGAGAAAGUCGACCGGUGGAUGGAGGAAAGUGCCGCAGCCACUGCACCUCGCACUCUCGUGUCCCUCGAUCCGGCCACCCAGGCACGCAUUCUUGGAGACAUCGAACUCAUGCUUGUCACUGCCACGAACAACUUCCUCGUCCACGAAGCCAACGCCGCACGUCUCAACCCCGAAAUUGUCAUGCGCUUCAGCAACGAGUGGAAAGCCCGUGGCCUGCGCCCCGUGGUCGAGUUCCUCUACGACUGCCGCACGCAAUACAACCUCGUGCUGGCCCACAUCCACACCGUCCAGUUCUCAGCCACAUGCGAGCAGUGCUUCUACCUGCGCGACUCGGGGAUGGAGGCGUGGUCCGGCAUCGUGGAGGACGUCGGCGUGCACGCGUUCUGCCUCCCCGACGACGUGGUCGUCAAGAACCUCUACGCCCUCCCACAGGUGUUGAGGAUGCUGCGGGCGCCCGAGUCCGCGGUCGCGACCGUCCGGGGUCUUCAGCUGAAGACCUCGGCCAAGAUCAGCGAGCGCAAGGCCCUGGGCCGCGCGCGCAAGGAGGCCCGCGGUCCCUUUGCCGUCCGCCUGCCCCAAUACGGGGACGGGUUGUUCCACCGGCGCGACAUCAGCGUCGCCUCCGACGAGGACGUGUUUGGCGGCAUCGAGGCCGUCGUGGCCAACAUGCCGGUGCCGGCGUCGCUCGCUGCGGUGCUGGACGGACCCGGCCCGACCGUCCGCAAGGGCGAUCGGGUCGGCGUCCUCUAG